AUGCGCACAACGCAUUAUAGAGACGCGGGGCUAGGGCUGAGGAGUGAAGAAGGUCUAUUAUGGAGUGAAGGAGCCCGGGACGUUUGUGUGGGAGAGCGAGUGCGCGAGGCUCUUGCUAGAGGCGGGCGUGGAGCUGGGUCAAGACAGAUAAGCGGAGCUAAACGGGGUGGCUCUCGUUGGCCCCCUGCUUAUAAUAACCAAGGCUGUGACCAUGGAUGGCGCGUGUUUGAGAAAUACGUGAGAGAAAGAGUAGUGAAGGUGGCUCACACUUUAUCCUCUGAGGUAUCGCUUCAGAGAGAUAUUUGA